AGACUGUAGGUGUAGUGGCUGCUGCCUCACGGGGGAGGCAGGGAGCUUGGUGUCAACAGGGGCGAAUAGGGGACCGGAGCCACUACCCUCUGCCGCCUUCCCCCAGCCGCCGUCCCGCAGGCAGAGUUUACCCUGGACAUAGAAUAUAACCCUCAACUCCAUCCGUAGACUUCUGUCAACAACCACCAUGCUGCCAAAACAAUAAGGUCUGCUUAGCAUUGUAGAAGAGCUGCAGUACAGCCUCACUGCAUAAGGAAUGGGAUCAGAGAAUAGUGCUUUAAAAAGCUAUACAUUGAGAGAACCACCAUUUACCUUACCUUCUGGACUUGCUGUUUAUCCAGCUGUACUGCAAGAUGGAAAAUUUGCUUCAGUGUUUGUAUAUAAGAGAGAAAACGAAGACAAAGUUAAUAAAGCUGCCAAGCACUUGAAGACACUACGCCACCCUUGCUUGCUAAGAUUUUUGUCUUGUACUGUGGAAGCAGAUGGUAUUCAUCUUGUCACAGAGCGAGUUCAACCUCUGGAGGUCGUUUUGGAAACACUGUCUUCUGCAGAGGUCUGUGCUGGGAUCUAUGACAUACUGCUGGCCCUUAUCUUCCUACAUGACAGAGGAAACCUAACACACAACAACAUCUGCUUGUCGUCUGUGUUUGUGAGUGAAGAUGGGCAUUGGAAGCUCGGAGGCAUGGAAACCGUGUGUAAGGUUCCUGAGGCCACCCCAGAGUUUCUAAGGAGCAUUCAGUCAGUAAGAGACCCAGCUUCUGUUCCUCCUGAAGAGAAGUCUCCAGAAUUCACAGCUCUGCCGGAGCCCCACGGACACGCCCGGGAUGCCUAUUCCUUUGGAAUGUUGGUGGAAAGUGUGCUCGGCACCUUGAGUGGUGAGGUUACAGCGGAUCUUCUCUCCAGCUUUCAUCAGACCUUGCACUCAACUUUGCUAAACCCCAUUGCAAAUGAUCGGCCAGCGCUCUGUACCCUACUCUCCCAUGACUUCUUCAGAAAUGAUUUUCUAGAAAUUGUGAAUUUUUUGAAAAGUUUAACAUUGAAGAGUGAAGAAGAAAAAACUGAAUUUUUCAAAUUUCUGCUGGAUCGAGUCAGCUGCUUGUCAGAGGAAUUAAUAGCCUCAAGGCUGGUACCGCUUCUGCUUAAUCAGUUGGUGUUUGCAGAACCAGUAGCUGUUAAGAGUUUUCUUCCUUAUCUGCUUGGUCCCAAAAAAGAUACCGUGCAGGGAGAAACUCCCUGCUUGCUGUCGCUGGCACUGUUCCAGUCUCGGGUGAUCCCUGUGCUUCUGCAGCUGUUUGAGGUUCACGAGGAGCACGUGCGGAUGGUGCUGCUGUCUCACAUUGAGGCUUACGUGGAGCACUUCACGCAGGAGCAGCUGAGGAAAGUCGUCUUGCCACAGGUAUUACUGGGCCUGCGGGAUACCAGCAAUUCCAUUGUGGUGAUUACUCUCCAUAGCCUGGCAGUGCUGGUCUCUCUACUUGGACCAGAGGUAGUUGUGGGAGGAGAAAGAACAAAGAUCUUCAAACGUACUGCCCCAAGUUUUACUAAAACUACUGACCUUUCCCCAGAAGAUUCUCCCAUGCACGUCGCCUGCAGCCAGCACAGUCACAUCGCGCCAGUCUUGGAGAAUCCUUCCUCUAGCCUUUUCCCUAAAUGUUUCUUUUCUGGCAACAUGCCCGUCAGCAAGACGUUCAUACAGCAAGAUUACUACAAUACCCUUUUACAGAAAGGCAAUCCAUUUUCUCAACCUAUUAAAUUUGCCAUGAACGGGAUCUCAGAUGUGAAAAAUCCUUCAGAGGACAGUGAAAACACCCCAUCAAAUCCCCAAAAGUCUGAAGAGUGGCCUGAUUGGAACGAGCCUGAGGAGCCUGACAAUAAAACUGUCGACAUACAGAUGUGGCCACAGGAGCCACAUGAUACUGCAGAGUCCCCAGUCCCAGUGAAGGAGGAGACUUGGGAUGACUUUGAGCACAGCAACUUCGAAAUGGAAAUAAGCCUCAGAGGCGGACUGCCAGCCACAACUGUUACCUCAGGGGAACAAAAGCCCAUUCCUACUUUGCUUCCACCCACUGAAGAGUGUAGUCCUGUGAAAGUAAGCCUAUCCCCAAGGACCAGCCUCAUACAGAGCAGGGAGGGUGCAAACCAGAAGCCACCAAAAGCAUCGACACAAGAACGGCCCUUUAAGGUUCCAUCCGAACUUGGUUUAGGAGAAGAGUUUACCAUUCAAGUAAAAAAGAAACCAGUGCAAGAUCCUGAGUUGGACUGGUUUGCCGAUAUGAUUCCAGAAAUCAAGCCUUCAGCUGCUUUUCUUAUUCUACCUGACCUGAGGGCCGAGAUGAUGGUUCCCAACAAGAAUGAUAUCUCACCAGUGAUGCCGUUUUCCUCAAAGUUUGCUGCAGCAGAAAUUACUGAGGGAGAGACUGGCGGCUGGGGUGAAGAAGGGGAGCUGAACUGGGAAGAUAAUAACUGGUGACAGCGGGUAUGAAUAAACUUUAGGGGGAAAAUUUUUUUCUUCCAUUAAAUUAAUACCUCAAAAGCAGGCUCUGAGGACAAAAAGACCCGAAGCAGCCUGUUUUCCCCAUACCAGGAGCUUUGUCUUGUGUGUGCCAACUGAAGCAGAGGGCCUCAAGUGCUGGCUUUUGAAAAGCCCUCCAGGAGGCGGCUUCAGAAACUGGUCUCUAGGAGGAAGUCUGGGUGCGGUUGACUGACGCUAGUGGCUGUGGAAAGGCUGGAUUUACUGCUUUUUCCAGGAUGAUUCUGGAAGUAAAAAUAAAGAUCAAAUUUCAAGCUGGUUAGCUUAAUAUUGUGCCAUUUAUUUGAACAGAAUAGUAAGCUCCAUUAAAUGUACUGAAAAAAAUUUAACUAUAAAGUAUAUAAUUUUAAACUACUAAGAUUUCCUUAGGCAGCUUAUUUAUUUGUUUACAGUUCUACUAUCUGAGUGAAAGGUAGGUCCUGUGUGGAUACCUGGGCAGUAUCUAAUUGGUCCACUUGUAGUACAUUAUUACAUUGUACCAAAGUUCAUAAAGAGGAAUAUUCCCAACUACCCUGUUCUCUAAAUGUCAAAUAAAGACUAUUUUCACUAGAUUCAACUUUA